AAAAAAAAAUACCGAAAACAAUAUCAAAAUUCAACAUACAUCCAGAUAUGAAUGGUAAACAAAACCAAGGGGUUUGAGGGGUUAAUGUGAGUCACAGUGCCCUGGAAAGGGCACAAUUAAAAUAAAAAUGAAGAUGACGUAGAACGAAAUGCCUGGGAGAACACGAGCUCAGUUCCCAGCAGUGAUGAAGCUGCAGCAUUCCGUCUCCUCCUCCUUGUCUGUCCGCUCUGGGCACGUAUAGUGGAUUGGAGAGUCCACCCUCCUGCUCCCAUUCCCAGUCAUGAAUGACAGUUCCGCCUACCAACCGCAGCCAGGGGUGGGGCAAGGCUUAGUCCUGGAGUUCCAAUGCCGCUGUUCAACUUCGCUGGAUUGUCCGAGGAAAAUGGGAGGUAAACCCGUCUGCCUUUGCUUUUGUUCAUUUUAUAUAGCUCUAAAUGUAUAGCAUAAUUUCACUGUUGCGUUUUACUACUUCAGGGUAAUAGAGUGCAUGCUCCGAUUGCCACAACACCAGGGCAAUUUAUUUGAAAGUCACCGGAACAAAAAAGAAGAAUUUUAAAACUGCCGACACCUACUAAAUAAUUAGUUUAAAAUACUUUGCCGUGACUUCACAGGUGACAGCUGAAGAAUACGCCAGAUAAGACAGCAGCGUGGACACAUACGAAAGAAAUAUCAUAUUCAGGAUUAACUGCAAAAUUAGUUCCUCACUGGACUGAUCCACAGAACUUGGCGUUGUUUGCCGUGAUGCUCGUUUUACUGCUAGGGACACUUGUAGUACAGCUUGACCUUUCAGACAUUGGGUUUCACUUGUAUAUCUGGGACAGAUGCACUCUUCGGCCUUCAUCAAAUUCCUAUAGUAACAGGGAUGGCGUGAGAGCCCCAGCUGGUUGCUAAGAGGGUUAAACUGUAUCCAAACAGCUUGAAGAGCCUGCCUCUCUUGCCUGGGGAGUAACUUAUUGGGCGGUAGUGUAGAGAGACAAGGGUCGCCAGCCAAUCAGAGUCUAAUUGAUUAAAACUAGUUCAUUUGAAUAGAGCUGGCCAUGUGCCAAUCGCCUUUCAAAGAGUCCCUCUAUGAUUAAUCGCAAUGCAUUAUUGAUAAUCAUAAUUAUAGCAGGACACAUGCGCGGUGGAUGAGCUCGAUUUCCGUAAUUUUGAGAACAUUUUUUAGUAAUAUUUUAUUCUGCCCCAGCUGAUGUUUGAGCCAGCAUGUCGCGGAGGAAGCAGGCGAAGCCUCAGCAUUUCAAAUCGGACCCUGAUCUUUCCAUAAACGAGCAAAACGGAGAUGCAGAAAAAGAACAAGAGAGUCAGACUACAAGUAAUGAUGGAGUCCAUGUAUGUGGCAGGUGCUGUGCUGAGUUCUUUGAGCUAUCCGAUCUUCUGCAACACAAGAAGAGCUGCACUAAGAACCAAUUAGUUCUGAUAGUGAAUGAAAACCCAGUUUCUCCUUCUGGAACCUUCUCUCCAAGCUCCCCUAGUAGUCCCGAUGAACAGAUGAAUGAACUGGUUAGUAACACAGAUCAAGUAGACUGCAGUGACCUUUCAGAACAUAAAACUGACAAGGACGAAGAGGAAGAGGAGGAGGAGGAGGAGGAGGAGGAGGACUCCAUGGAUGUGGAUGCUUCCAGUAUUAACAAUAGCAACUGCAAUUGUAACAGUGUCAGCAAUAGUACUACAAGUAAUGAUACCCCCACAAUGGGUACCUCACAAGCCGCAACCUCACUACCUCAGAUAGGUAAUCUGACAGCAUUAAGUAAUUUUUCCAUGAUAAACAGCAAUGUCAUCAUUGAAAAUCUUCAGAGUACUAAAGUGGCAGUUGCCCAGUUCUCACAGGAAACCAGGUCCAAUGACUCAAAUAACAAGAUUGCAGUACCUGCUCUCAUGGAACAACUCUUGGCUUUACAACAGCAGCAGAUCCAUCAGUUACAACUCAUUGAGCAGAUUCGUCAUCAAAUAUUAUUGCUGGCCACCCAAACCACAGAGGUUUCGACACCUUCUAGCUCCUCUCAAGGUACUGUAGGAACAUCGUCCAACCCGUUAACAACAUUAAGUUCCCACUUAUCCCAACAGUUGGUUGCAGCAGCUGGAUUAGCACAAAGCCUCGCUAGUCAGUCAGCCAGCAUUAGUAGUAUGAAGCAUUUAGCCUCUGUACCGCUACCUCAGAGCAAGUCAAGCAGCACUGUAGUUCCACCUAGUAGUUGCCCUUCUCCAGCUACAAGCUUGCCAACAGCAGCAGCAGCCACAGCACAAUCUAUUGAUAAGGUGCCCACAAGUACUGGUAAUACCCUGCAGCUGGGUGACUCUUCUGUGCCUACUACCCCUUCACCAGCUUUUGGAAUUGGCAGUUUACUAAACCCUGCAUCAAACCCAGUUCUACCUCAGACCCCAGUUUUCUCUGGCUCUGUGCCCAGUGUAGGACCUACAGAAGACAUUAACCCUUUGUCUGCCUUGGCACAACAAAGAAAAGGAAAACCACCAAAUGUCAGUACUUUUGAAUCAAAAACUAGUUCAGAAGAAGCUUUUUUUAAACACAAAUGUAGGUUUUGUGCUAAAGUGUUUGGGAGUGACAGUGCCUUGCAGAUUCAUUUGCGUUCCCAUACAGGGGAGAGACCAUUCAAGUGUAAUAUCUGUGGAAAUCGGUUCUCCACAAAAGGAAACUUAAAGGUUCACUUUCAACGACAUAAAGAAAAGUACCCACACAUUCAGAUGAACCCAUACCCUGUACCGGAACAUUUAGAUAAUAUUCCCACAAGCACAGGUAUUCCAUAUGGAAUGUCUGUGCCCCCAGAGAAACCUGUCACAAGCUGGUUAGAUAGUAAGCCAGCCUUGAAUCCUCUAACACCACCAUCUGUUGGUCUGCCACUCCCUCCAACAGUAUUAAGUUUGCCACCAUUUAUGAAAACUGAAGAGACUCAGUCAGGUUUAGCAAGUCAUCAUUCAAAUAGUCCUCCUGGUUCUGUUAAAAGUGACUCAGGAACAGCUGAGCCUCUAGCAAAAAACUCUGGACCUUUAAAUGAAGUAGAAACAGAAGGGGGUCCUGUUUCAGGUACUUCUGUUGAAAAAUCAGAAGAAGGUGCACAGAAUUCUAGCUGCCCUGGAAAUGCCACUAGCCCCAUCAGUUCCAUUGCAGACUCGGGUUCAAACAGUGUUACAGCUUUUACAAACCCUCUAAUGCCUCUGAUGUCAGAACAGUUUAAAACAAAAUUCCCAUUUGGAGGACUUUUAGAUUCAUACCAGACAUCUGAGACGUCUAAGUUGCAGCAGCUUGUAGAAAAUAUUGAUAAAAAGAUGACAGACCCAAAUGAGUGCAUCAUUUGCCAUCGAGUUCUGAGUUGCCACAGUGCUCUGAAAAUGCAUUAUCGUACACAUACAGGUGAAAGACCAUUUAAGUGUAAAAUAUGUGGCCGUGCCUUUACUACUAAAGGAAAUUUAAAAACUCACUAUAGUGUUCAUCGUGCCAUGCCCCCUCUAAGGGUACAACACUCCUGCCCAAUCUGCCAGAAGAAGUUCACAAAUGCUGUUGUACUGCAGCAGCAUAUUAGGAUGCAUAUGGGAGGGCAUAUUCCUAAUACACCUGUAUCAGAAAACUACUCAGAAUCAAUGGAAUCUGACACAGGCUCUUUUGAUGACAAGAAUUUAGAUGACCUGGACAAUUUGUCAGAUGACACUAUGGAGGACUGUCCAGACAGCAGUGUGCCUGAUACUCCAAAAUCUGCUGACCCUUCCCAGGACAGCUUAUCACCGUCCCCCAUACCACCAGAAAUUUCCAGUAUUGCAGCUCUAGAAAAUCAGAUGAAAUUGAUUAGUACUGGUUUUGAAGAGCAACUCCAAGCAAGUCUCAAAUCUUCUGUGAAUGGAUCAGUUGAAGGUGACCACUUGAGUAAUGACACAUCUUCGGCUGGUGAUCUAGAAAGCCAAAGUGCUGGAAGCCCAGACAUUUCUGACUCUCCUUCAUCCAUUCUGCCCCCAUCACCAUCUGAUAGUACCAUGGAUUGCCAUAGGUCACCUUCUGUGGAUGAAAAGCAGCAUAGGACUUUGUCUAGUGACUGUGGAAAUGUUCCGUCACCAGCCUCGGCUAAUGGGGGUGCUCUAGAUUUGACAUCUAAUAGUGAUAAAGUAGUCAAAGAAGACAAUUUAAGUCUCUUAUUUCCAUUUAGAGAACGGAGUAAGUUUAGAAAUACAGCCUGUGACAUUUGUGGCAAAACAUUUGCUUGUCAGAGUGCCUUGGACAUCCAUUAUAGAAGCCAUACCAAAGAGAGACCAUUUAUUUGCACAGUCUGCAGUCGUGGCUUUUCCACAAAGGGCAAUUUAAAACAGCAUAUGUUAACUCAUCAGAUGCGGGACCUUCCUUCACAGCUUUUUGAGGCCAACUCCAAUAUUGGACCUACUCAGAACUCUGCAGUUUCUCCUGUUAAUUCAUUAUCUUCACUUAUCAAAGCUGAGGUUAAUGGUUUUAUGCACACACCCCCACAAGACAGCAGAGAAGCACCUUCUAGCCUUGUUCCAACAGGGACUUUGCCUUCCUGUGCAACUUCUCCGGUUCUACCACCAGUCCCACCUAGAAGAACUCCAAAGCAACACUACUGCAACGCAUGUGGUAAAACAUUUUCCUCUUCCAGUGCCCUCCAGAUUCACGAGAGAACGCACACUGGUGAAAAACCAUUUGCCUGCACUAUUUGUGGGAGAGCUUUUACAACCAAAGGCAACCUUAAGGUUCAUAUGGGAACACAUAUGUGGAACAGUGCUCCUGCACGACGGGGAAGGCGGCUUUCAGUAGAUGGCCCUAUGGCAUUUUUGGGAAGCAGUCCUAUAAAAAUACCAGAAUUGUUCCACAAAGAUUUGUCUGGAAGAAUAGGAAAUGCAGACCCUUCAAGCUUCUGGAACCAGUACGCAGCUGCACUCUCUAAUGGCUUGGCUAUGAAGACUAAUGAAAUCUCAGUCAUCCAGAAUGGUGGCAUUCCUUCCCUUCCUGGAAACUUGGGCAAUGGAGGCAACUCGCCCAUUACAGUGUUGGCUGGAAGCCUGGAGAAACUCCAGAAUUCUGAACACAGUGCACCGCUUGGAGGUCUUGAAAAACUUUCUGGCACUCACAGUGGGACAGGUUUCAGAUUUACCCGUUUUGUGGAAGAGAACAAAGAAAUUGUAACAAACUAGAACAAAAACAACAUUCCAAAAAUGGAAGCACCCAAUGGUUGCAGUUUGAAGUUUAUGAACUACAGUUGUUAUUGAGACAUUGUUUUAUAUAAUGUCCAGUUUAUGAAGUAAAAAAAGCUUAUUUAUUAGUGAUAUAACCCUGCUUUGCAAAAUACUGCAAGCAUUAACUUUGGUCUUCUGUAUUUUUAUCUAAAUACUAAUUGACUAGAGUGCUGUAAACAUGCUGUAACAUUUAUGGCAGUUGUAAGUUUAUUCUGUUAGGUGAUUUUAUUCUGUAUUAACUUAUUUUAUAUCUUCAGUUUAACAUGUUCUCUAUUGUUACUGCAAUGCCUCAGUAAUGCAUUAAAUUGCUAAUGAAAAUCUGUACAUAAAAGUAAACUGGAUUCUUCUGGUGAUUUUAGCAACUAUAAUUGUUGAGUCUUAGUAAAUUUAAAAGACCGAAAGAUCAGAUUAUAAUUUGAAAAAUGUCCCUUCCAUUCCUAUUUGUUUUUAUUUUAAGAUCUACAGUGGAUUUGUUUUGAAGAUUCAACGGUUUUCAUUUUGACCUGUCAUUUAUGUUGUGCUUUUUUCUUGACACAUCUUCACAAGUUCCAGUCAUAAAAAAAAAAACAAAAAAAAAAAACAAAAAAAAAAAAAACAAGUUGUUAGACACAGAUGGGUUUAUUGUUUUGGUAGUUCAAUUUGAGAAGUAACUUUUUGCCUUGUAUAUAUAUCUCAUGUGGCGAAAUUGCUGGAAUUUCAAAAUGCUGCUAGGUAUAGCAUCUUGAACAACAAUAACUGAAAAGAUGUAGAUGCUUUUGUAUAUACAUUUCAGAUAGGAAAUACAGAUGUAAUUAAAUUGUAAAUAUGUUCCUUACAAGUCUACAACCACCUUCUUUUAAGACAGAGUAUAGUGUGCUAUUUUGUAUUAGGUAUGAAAUGGUUGGACUGUUACAUGCACUUUCUUGGAAAGCUGUAAGAGAAUGAGCCAGAUUCUCUACAGUUUAAUAAUUAUUAACAGCUGAAAUACUGUAAUUUUACUGGAGAAAUCAAAUACAGUUGUUUUGAACCAGA